GGUAAGUGUAUCUGACCUUGGUAGCGUCCAUUUUCAGCUUUAUGCAUGUCAGUAAUUGAAUGUAGCCAUAGCCAGACGCAGCCAUCGCUGCACAACGCGCGCGAAGACGAAGGUAUGAGUUCCGGUUCGGUUGUGGGCCAGCAGGAGGCCGGCCCCGAAAAUCUGCAGGACAGCCAGCUGCUUGGCCUUCCGGUGAAACUGCGCCAACGGCUGAUGCCGUUCCAGAGGGAGGGGGUCGAAUUCGCGCUGGCCAGAAACGGACGGUGUAUGAUUGCAGAUGAGAUGGGGCUCGGAAAGACGGUCCAGGCCAUCUCCGUGGCCUACCUGUACCGGAAGGAGUGGCCGCUGCUCAUCGUGGUCCCUUCCUCUCUCAAAUACCCCUGGAUCGAGGAGAUGGAGAAGUGGAUCCCCGAGCUGAGCCCAGGGGACAUUCACCUGGUGGAGAACAAGAUGGACGUGUCGGGGAUCAGCAGCAGUAAGGUCACCGUUUUGGGGUACGGGCUCCUCACCACCGAUGCCCAGGUCCUGGUGGACGCCCUCACCAGGCAGAGCUUCCGGGUGGUGGUGGUGGACGAGUCCCACUACCUGAAGUCGAGGAACGCGGCCCGCAGCAGGAUCCUGGUGCCCCUGGUCCAGCGGGCGCGGCGGGCGAUACUACUGACGGGCACGCCGGCGCUCGGGCGUCCCGAAGAGCUUUUCAUGCAGAUCGACGCUCUGUAUCCCAGAAGAUUUGGAACGUGGUCGGACUAUGCCAAAAAAUACUGUAAUGCUCAUUACAGGUUUUUCGGGAACCGGCGGCAGUGGGACUGUCGGGGCGCGUCCCACCUGGAGGAGCUGCACCAGCGCCUGAGCGAGAUCAUGAUCCGCAGGCUGAAAGCCCAGGUCCUCACUCAGCUCCCCCCCAAAAUCCGCCAGCGCAUCCCGUUCGACCUUCCCAAAGACGGAGCCAAGGAAGCCCACGCCAGCUUCGAGGAAUGGGAGAGGCUGAUGAGGAGGCUGGGUUCGGGGGCCGGGCCGGACGCCAACCCCUUCGGCGAAGUCAUGGGGCUCGUCACGCGCAUGUACAAGCAGACGGCCAUCGCCAAGGCGGGAGCCGUGAAGGACUACAUCCGCAUGCUGCUGGAGAACGAGCGGCUGAAGUUCCUGGUGUUCGCGCACCACCUCGCCAUGCUGCAGGCCUGCACCGAGGCUGUCAUCCAGGCCAAGGCGCAGUACAUCCGAAUCGACGGGAGCGUCCCGUCGUCCGAGCGAAUGCACCUGGUCCACCGCUUCCAGAACGAUCCGGAGACGCGGGUGGCCAUCCUCAGCAUUCAGGCUGCAGGACAGGGCCUGACCUUUACCGCCGCCACGCACGUGGUGUUCGCCGAGCUCUACUGGAACCCGGGUCACGUCAAGCAGGCGGAGGACCGCGCCCACCGCAUCGGCCAGACCAGCUCCGUGCACGUCCACUACCUCAUCGCCAAGGGAACCUUCGACACCAUCAUGUGGGGCAUGCUCAACAGGAAGGAAACGGUCACUGGCAGCACCCUGAACGGGAGGAAGGAGUACCUGAAGGCCGAUCUCGGGGACAAGGAGAAGUGGGACUUCUUGAAUUUCGCCCAGGCGUGGACGCCCGGUGAGGCUUUGGUGCGGGAAGCCGGGGACCACGACGAGGUGUUCUUCUCCCAUUUUGAGAAGGACAAGCAGCACGACAUCCGCACGUUUUUCUCACCGAACUCGUCCAAGGAGAAGAUGAAGAGGAGGAGAACAGAGGGGGAAGGCUCCCCCCUCCCGAUUUCUGAGAUGGGGGAGGAGCAUGGGGAUGUGGAGGUGAAGAAGCGAGAGGGACAGAGCCCGGGGGGGGGCCGUAGCCCUUGUCCCGACGGGCCGGAAGAGGACGAGGACUUCGCCCCCCUGAACAAAAAGAUUCGGGUUGCAAGCCCCCAGCUGCCCGCGGGGAGGAAGAGGAGGUCCUGGGCGGGGAAGGCCUCCCCAGCGUCCCUCCUGGCCUCCCGUCGGUUGUCGGUGGGGGGCCGGACCCCCCCAGCGAAUGUGGGGAAGGGGUGGAGCUGUGGAGCCUGCACCUACGCCAACAGCACCCUGCUGCCCUACUGUGAGAUGUGUGCCACCCCUCGCCCUGAUAAAGCUGGCAGCGGCGGCCCGGGGACGGGCCGACCCCCGGCACCAGCGAGCCCCUGCGUGGCGAUCUCCAGCUCGGACGAGGAGCCGGACCCCGCCCCCCCCGCCCUCCCAGCCCGCCCCGCCCGCGCACCCGGGCCGGGGGCGUCGGAAUCGGAAGCGGAGGGAGGGGCGAUGCCGGAGAAAGACGGGUGCGAGGGAAAGGACUCGCCGGGAGGAGAGAGCGCCCCAUCGCACAGCCAGGCUGACGAGAGCGUCUGUGACCCCGCCCACAGCAGCCUCCCCCUGUACGAGGGCCUCAAGUUCUGCGCCAGCUGCAACUCCGACAGGAUCUACCUCUACACCAAGGAGGGAGCACUGAACGCAACUUCUCCCCUGGAAUCAAUGGACAGCUGGGAGGACCUGCCCGAGGCCUUCCAACGGCGGGAAAACAGGCGGCAGGUGCUGCAGUUUGUGCGGGAGUGGAACUCCCUGACGUCUACGAAGCAGAGGGUGGUCCGACGGAGCGGACGCCAGUUCCGCAGCCCCAUCCUGGCGCUGAAUGACAUCACUGGCAACCAGCGCAGGCAGAGCAUCACCAAGAGGUUCCUCACCAAAGAGGACGUGGCGCAGGCGUCCCUGGACCGGGCCCAGAAGGACGGGGGCAGCGUCCGCACGGUCGCCACGGAGGCCUUUUUCGCCAAGAGGACCCCCGCCAAGAUGGCCGACUCCGUGCCGGACAGCGGAGAGGAGAAGGAUUCUGGGCGCUCUGAGGAGCCCGGGUACCUGCAGGCCCUGGACAGCGAGGGCAACCCCCUGUGCCUGUCCUGCCAGGCGCCCUGCGGGCCGGGCAGCGCCACCUGGGACGGGCGCUUCUGCGGGCGGGGCUGCCAGGAGGAGUUCCAGGUGCGCUCCAGCCAGGCCUACAUGCGCGCACGGGUGCUGGAGGCGGAGCAGGGCGUGUGCCAGGGCUGCGGGCUCAACGCCCACCAGCUGUACCAGUCCGUGCGCGACGCCCCGCCCGCCAGCAGGAAGGAGCUUCUGGAGAACACCUGGCUGUCCCAGCUCUCUCUCAAACAGCUCAAUGAGAUGAUCCGUACCCCUGUGGAGGGGCAGUUUUGGCAGGUGGACCACAUCCGGCCAGUAUACAGUGGAGGGGGGCAGUGUUCUCUGGACAACCUGCAGACUCUGUGCACUGUCUGCCAUAGACAGAGGACCUCCCAUCAAGCCAAGGAGAGGAGCCAGAUCAGGAAGGGAGUGGCCGCCUCCAAGGUGGCUUCGGACAUUACCAGAUUCUUCAUCAGGAAGUGAGGAUUCCCAGAGACGGUCCCGGUAUGGCAACCACCCCCCCCCAUCCCCCCGCCCCCCCCUCAAACUACCACCACCACCGCCUCCGCCACCAUCAUGGUCCCCCCUCCCUCGUGUCCUGCAAGUGAGCAGUACAGAAUUUGUCACUGUCAUACCCCCCCAAUUCACCUCUCACCAAUGUUGCAAAAAAAAAAAAACAUGAGAACAUAUCAGCCACACUUCCCCCCCACCCCCCCCACCAGAGGCACCGGGAGGCCCCCCACCAGGACGUCUCCCGACACGCGCAUCUCAUUUAAGCCUGCGGUCCGAGAGUGGAGGAGCUGUGGCAGCGACCGCCUCUCUCUCUGAAGGUCAUCGCGCAAUAUUAACCUUUGACCAGAGGGGGCAGCGCUGAGCGGGACGGCGUUAAAGCCCGUAAUCCGUGGCCCUCCUCCUCCUCCUCCUCCUCCUCACGGUCAGAUCUUCCUCGUUUGAGCGCCGGGCUUCGUGGCAGGCCCUUGAUUUACGAGCGGCUUACCCGUCCGAGCGGGAGAGAGAGGGGGGGGUCUCGGGAGGGGACGGUGAAAAAUGGGCGAUCCUUUCGCCUGUCCCGAGGAGAGGAAACACGAACAAGAGAAGAGGGUCUUUUAACCGACGCCUGGAGCACGGACGCGGAGGCGAACGCGAGCCUCGCGCAACGCGGAGGUGUGCCCCGCGGUCGCCAUGACGGCGCCGCUCACACCCCGAAAACGCGAACCUAUCAGCUUUCAGGCGACAGCCGCCUUUCGGCAGAGGAGACGUUCGCGUGCGGAGGAUUAUUAUGGGUUCGUGAGAUGGCACCCUCUCCAGCAGCAGCAAGCAAGCAAGCGGGCGGGCGGGCGGGUGUUCUGUCGUAACUUUUUUUUUUUAAGCUCGCGCACCAAGUCUUAGCACAUCCGUCUACACUUUGACGUUUGUUUCUCUCAAGUAAACUCAAGAUGGGGGGGGGGGAGGGGGGGUGAGGGGGGCGGACGGGUGAAAGAGCCGAAAGUUACUAUGGAAACAGACCUGAGCGAUAAGCCGUGCUCGGAAUAUUAAGUCGCUUCGCGGCUCGCUUUCUGUUUAUAGCGAUGCUACAGGACGGGCUAGCGGCGCCCCAGUCAGACUGCGAGCAGCCCUCCCGCGGCGGGCUCCGCUACCUCGCCGACGUCACCGUCGCCUCGCCAACGCUCCAACUCGUCUUUCUCUCCUUUACAAAAAAGUCUGGGGCUGAAGUGACAGAAUCGUAUCAAUGAUAAACAUUUGAAGAAAAAAAAAGAAAA